UGUGGUUCACUUUACUAUAAAUAUUGCAACAAUAAAAAGAGCAAUAUUGUAUCCAAAAAAGGAAAAAAAAAAAUGAGCUCCCCUAAGCAAGAGCUCCUAGACUCCGAAGCCCAUGUUUGGAACCACCUCUUCAACUACAUCAACUCCAUGUCUCUAAAAUGCGCCAUCCAACUGGCCAUCGACGCCCACGGCCCGGCCCCGAUGCCCCUCUCCCGCCUCUCCAUCCCCCCCUCCAAAACCCCCGCCCUCCGCCGCCUCAUGCGCCUCCUCUCCCACUCCAAAUUCUUCCAAAUAGUCAAAGUCAACAACUCCCCCAGUGAGGAGGUAGAGGAAUCCUACCUCUCGAUGGGACGCGAUGUUCGAGACCGAGCACGGGGCCACGUUCUGGGAGUAGGCGGAGGGCGACGGGCUGUUCAACGAGGGGAUGGCGAGCGACGCCGGGUUCGAGGGGGUCGGGACGGCGGAGUUUCCGGGGUGGUGCUGGACCUGCCGAGGGUGGUGGAGGGAUUGGAAGGGGCUGAGAAUGUGAGGUUUGUUGGUGGGGAUAUGUUUGAGUCCAUUCCUAAGGCUGAUGCGGUUUUCAGGAAGUGGGUGUUGCACGAUUGGAGUGAGGAUGAUUGUGUGAAAAUACUUAAAAAUUGCAAAGAAGCCAUAAGCCCUAAGGGUGGUAAGGUGAUUCUUGUUGAAUUGGUUGUCGAGGAUCGCGAGGAAGACGACGAAGCAACGGAAACUCAACUUCUCUUUGAUUUGAAGAUGAUGGCUGUGAUCAACGGCAAAGAGAGGACCGAGAAAGAGUGGGCUUCGCUGCUGCCUUCGGAGACUAUAAAAUUACUCCUGCCUUAGGCUUGAGAUCUGUCAUUCAGG